AUGGACGAAGUUAAUUCCGCCCCCUCUUCCCCCACGCCCGAGCCAGUCAUUAUCUUUGAACCUCCCCUCUUUCUGCAGCGUCGUAGAGCUGUGCAUGAGCUCUUACGCCAGCUCUCUUUGUCCAAAGUCUUUGGUGAUAAGGGGCUUAAAAGUAUUCUCGAUGUCGGCUGUGGGACUGACCUCUGCCUCUUGCGUUCCCUAAUGCCCUGUGACGAUGACUUGCCGCUCGAAAAUAUUACGGGCAUCGAUAUGGAUGACGACUUAUUAUCCCAAGAACUCAUCGAGAGCCUUGAGCCAGAUAAUAAAGAUGAGGAAGCACGCUGGAGGGAGCUUACAGUGAGAUUACUACAUGGAUCAUUUGAACAAUUAUCUCCGGAAGUUAUCCCAAAACACGAUAUUAUCGUCUCGACAGAAGUUAUUGAACAUUUGGAUCCUACUCCACUUGGGAAUUAUGCUCCGGUGCUUCUAGGAAAGAUGCGUCCAAAGGUCUGCAUUAUUACUACACCUAACAGGGACUUCAACAAGGUCUUUGAUUCAGCCCUGCCACACGAUCCAGAGCGUCGCUUCUUCCGCCCUAAGAUCCCAUAUGCGAUGCGUCACCAUGAUCACCGCUUCGAAUGGACCCGGGCUGAGUUCAGAGCCUGGGCCAAAGAGGCAGCUGAGAAAUUUGGAUAUCGUGUGGUCUUUACUGGUGUUGGGAGUUUCGACUGCGGUGCUGUCUGCGAUGACGCCCGAGUUCGCGAUUUUGUCAUGAACUGUACAGACGAGUUCACAGGUGACCCUGAAGAUAACUAUGAUGCUGUCCUUACCGGCAGCAAUUCAAAGCUCGGCGAUGGCCUUUCCGACUUGUUCGGCGAGCCGCUCCUGACAUCAAGCUACCUAUCUCGUGCGAGAGAGGUAUUGGGUCCCUGUUCCCAGAUUGCGAUCUUUAUGCUGCAGAAGCCAGAAUUAGGCUCAGCGUUGGAUGCAGAAGCUUUCCCACAGUUCUGGAAUGCACUCCCGACUAACGACCUGAUGCUUGUCUGCCGGGAUGUCUACCCAUGGGUUAAAAACGAAAUCUACCCACCGCCCUGCUGUGAGAUGUUGGCGAUGGUGCAGGCUACAUUUCCCAGUUUCAUGCCGGCACUUGUUGCAUUGGCCUGGGAGCGUAUCGGGAAGCCACUGACACGUCCGGAGUCGAGACACGAUGAACGUCUCGACGAACGUCUCGAGUUCUAUGCUGAUUAUGACAUUGAUAAUCCGCCCUCGGCCGAAGUUCUCCAAGAGUGGCGGCUAACCAGGAAAAAGGCGGACUGUAAAGAGCAAGAAAGAAUGGAAGAACUAACAAAAGAGCUUGCUGGCAUGAAUGUCGACGAUGUUGACAUCGUCAGGAUGAUUGUUCCGCUGCGAGAGGUAUGGAAUAGGAACUGGGGGCUACAGAGGGCAUUUAGAUUCCAUUUCGAAGUGUUCCAAGAGAUGCUUAUGACCUCAGGUAAUCUGGGUAUCAUGGAACUCGCUGCAUAUAGGAGCAAGGAGCAUGCGAAAUCUAAAGCUAAGUGGAGAAACAUUUUCACGACUCCCACCUCAACCGUCGACCUGAAAGUGUCACCACCCCCUGGUGAGAGAAAACCUGAACUCAUCAAAUUAACCGUCAAUGGCCCAAAAACCUCACCAACAUUUAUCGUAACAUUACCCUCCUGUUUGGGAAAGCCACCUUCUCUUCCAAAGGAAGUUUCUCACCAAGAAGAAAAACAACCUCUUCAAAACGAGGCUUCUCUCCAAGAAACUUCCCUUCAAGAAGGAACCCCUCUCCAAGGAGAAGCUUCUGUCCAAGAAGGAAACCCUCUUCAAGUUGAAACCUUCCUCCAAGAAAAAGCUUUCGAAGACUCGGCUCUUGAGGACUCUCACAACUAUGACACAGAAAACCCCUGCAAAGACCUCGCAGAAAGCAGUUCCUGCUGCGGCUCGAUGUACUCAGAACCUGAAUAUGACGAUGAACACCACUUAUAUACUGUUGCUGUGUGGACGAUGGAUUCCAACAAAAUGGAUGAAAAAGGCAUGGAAGUUGAAGUCGAAGACGAGGCACGAAUGCUUAAGGUCCCGAGUGAUCAGUCAUUUGACGCCAUGGACGACAAGAUCGUGUUGAUUUUCUUCAAGCCAAACUUAAAGGAGGACCCCUGGGCGGUGCCACGUCCAUAUGAGACGGAUGGUGAGCCCUUAACAUUUGAUUGUAGUUAUGGUGGCAGGAGCCCUAGAUGGGACCACCCUCCGUCUGAUGACGAAAGGACUAGUUAUGAGGGCUUGAGUACAUCCGGUUCAGCUGAAAAUGGCAGCUCUUGGGGCCCUGACGGGUAUAGCAAGAGUAGGGAUAGUUGGGAGUGUUAA